GUGUGUACUGUACUGAUGUACAAGUAUUAUCAUUUACUGUACGAACUUACGAAGGUCUCAGUUUAUACUGUACUGCAUUUGGAAGUAUUAAUAUAUACUGUACACAGAUCUCAGUGUGUAUGGUACUGCUGUGAAAGUAUUAAUAUAUACCCUACACAGGUCUCAGUGUGUACUGUACUGCUCAUUGUUUCAGCAUCUGCUGCUCCUCUUACGUCUAAUGAGGUUGAGACUAGAAUUGUAGCAGUUUCUAAAUCUAAACCUGAGCUGCUGAGUGCUGCUGUAUCUGCUGCUGAUCCUGAUCUUCUUAGAGUUGCUCUAACCGAUGCUGACCCCGAUCUUCUUGAAAUAGCACUCACUGAAGCAACAGAGGCUCUUCUUAAAGUUGCUCUUACCAGAGGUGUUCGACCUGAAAACCUGAAAGUUGCUCUUACACGGUCCCGCCCUGAGACCUUGAAAACUGCUCUUACCCUUUCUGACGCCAACCUUCUGAAGACUGCUCUUGAAGAGGCUAACGGCGAACUUCUCGCCACUGCGUUGCUGAAAGCUGAUGCUAGAAUUUUAGCAGUUGCAUUGACCCAGAGCCGUCCCGAGCUGUUGGCUGUUGCUUUGCAGGAUGCUACACCUGAAAACCUCGAAGUUGCUCUCACUCCCUCUGGUGGUCGUGGAAAGCGUUCUGUAUAUGGUCCACCUAGAUACUAUGGAUAUGGUGGUCUCUAUAGUCCUUACUAUAAUCCCCUGCCUCUGAGGUAUUAUGCUUACUAGAUAUGUGAGAAGCACCUUCAAUUCCUUCUCUUCUCUAACCCCUGUGAUUUGGAACAAAGGGCAUUAUUAUCCAACAAGCUGAUUUAACUAGUCAAAUAAAGAUUGUUUGUGAAACUUUUAAGCAGAAUUUUGCACUAAAUAUAAAUUUUCUAAAGAGUG